GUGGCCAUCAGUUAGGCUCGAGGCCUUGAUAACCCGUCCCCGAGCUUCGAGGGGGCGGGCUCGGGUGCGGGCGCGGCGGGGGCUGCGGCUUCAGGCUCUACAAGGCAGGAGCAGAACCCUGUGGCACUCCACUCGAGACAUCCUAGGGAGUCAGAAUCUGACCAGAUGAAUUUCUAAUGAGCCCAUGAAGGGCUUCCAACUCUCACCUUCUUCUGAAGGUUCACACCUCAUCCCUUUGAGCACCAAUUUCUAAUUUUGCCCUGGGACUGAGAAAACAGCAGGGUGUGUCUGGCAGCUACUCCAGGAAACAUGGCCAAGUUUGCCCUGAAUCAGAACCUGCCCGACCUGGGCGGCCCUCGCCUGUGCCCCGGCCCCACCGCGGGCGCGCGCAGCCCGAGCUCGCCCUACUCCGUGGAGACGCCCUACGGCUUCCACCUGGACCUGGACUUCCUCAAGUACGUGGAGGAGCUGGAGCGCGGCCCCGCCCCCCGCCGCGCCCCGGGCCCCCCGCCUGCGCGCCGCCCCCGUGCACCCCGGGCGGGCCUGGCCGGUGCGCGCAGCCCGGGCGCCUGGACCUCCAGCGAAUCCCUGGCCAGCGACGACGGAGGAGCGUCGGGCGCACUCUCCCCGGGCGCGCCCUCGGGGCUCCUGCUGUCGCCGCGCGUGCCCGCGCGCAACCCGCGCGUCGAGCACACGCUCCUGGAAACUAGCCGGCGGCUGGAGCUGGCGCAGGCGCACGAGCGCGCGCCCAGCCCCGGCCGCGCCGUCCCGCGCAGCCCGCGGGGGUCCGGCCGCAGCAGCCCCGCCCCCAACCCCGCCCCCGCCCCCGCCUCCCCCGGGCCCGCGCAGCUGCAGCUGGUGCGCGAGCAGAUGGCCGCGGCUCUGCGGCGCCUGCGCGAGCUCGAGGAACAGGCGCGCGCGCUGCCCGAGCUGCAGGAGCAGGUGCGCACGCUGCGCGCGGAGAAGGCGCGGCUGCUGGCGGGGCGCGGGCUCCCGGAGCCCGACGCGGAGGCCGAGGCGCGCCCGGACAAGCUAGCUCAGCUGCGGCGGCUCACCGAGCGCCUCGCCACCUCCGAGCGCGGCGUCCGCGCCAGGGCCGGCCCCUGGGCCGACGGCCCCGACGGGCCGGCUUCCAGGCGCGGUGAGGGCGCGCUCGAGGUCCCCGACGCAGCCGGGAUCCCCGACGCGGCGCCGCAGACGCGGGACGCUGGCACCCAGGCGGUGCCGGAGACCCAAGACGCCAGGGCCCAGGCGGAGCCGGAGACCCAGGAGGCCGGCGUGGAGGCGGCCCCCGAGACCCUCGAGUCGGACGCGUGGGUGACCGAGGCGCUGCUGGGGUUGCCCGAGGCCGCCGAGCGCGAGCUGGAGCUGCUCCGCGCCAGCCUGGAGCACCAGCGCGGGGUGAGCGAGCUCCUGCGCUGCCGGCUGCGCGAGCUGGAGGAGGCCCGAGAGGCUGCCGAGGCGGAGGCAGCGGCGGCUGCGGAGGCCCAGCGCCAGCCCCAGCCCCAGCCCCAGCCCCAGCCCCGCGAGGCUGCCACCCAGACCCAGUGGGGUUGUGCCGCGAAGGCCACACAGACCGAGACCCCCGCCGAGGCCUCCGGCCCGAGUCACGAGAACCCGUCGGGACCCACGGAUGGGGACAGAGCCGUGGCCCCCGCGGGCAUCCUCAAAUCCAUCAUGAAGAGGAGAGAUGGUACCCCCGGCGCCCAGCCCAGCCCCGGACCCAAGAGCCUGCAGUUUGUGGGAGUCCUGAACGGCGAGUACGAGAGCUCGUCCAGCGAGGACGACAGUGACAGCGACAGCGAGGACGGCGCCGCCGAGCCUCCAAGGAGCAGCUCCUCCGGGGACGACAGCGGCAGGGAUGUCGGGGACGACAGUGGCGGGGACGUCCUGGAUCCCGAGCGGGAGCCAGAGCCGGAGGCAGAACCGCAGCCUGGUGCGCAGGGCAGGUGUGAGCUGAGCCCGCGCUUGAGGGAGGCGUGCGCAGCGCUGCAGCGGCAGCUGAGCCGGCCCCGCGGAGUCGCCCGCGACGGCGGCGCCGCGCGCCUGGUGGCCCAGGAGUGGUUCCGAGUGUCGAGCCAGCGGCGCUCCCAGGCCGAGGCUGUGGCUGGGGUGCUGGGCGCUGUGGGGCGCCUGGGCCCCGAGCUCCUGGCGCACGUGGUGAACCUGGCCGAUGGCAACGGAAACACAGCCCUGCACUACAGCGUGUCCCACGGGAACCUGGCUAUCUCGAGCUUGCUGCUGGAUACCGGGGUCUGCGACAUUGACCGCCAGAACCGGGCUGGCUACUCAGCCCUCAUGCUGGCUGCGCUCACCUCUGUGGGGCGAGAAGAGGACAUGGCUGUGGUUCAAAGACUCUUCCAUCUGGGGAAUGUUAACGCCAAGGCCACCCAGACAGGACAGACAGCCCUCAUGCUGGCCAUCAGCCACGGCCGCCAGGACAUGGUAGCAGCCCUUCUGUCAUGUGGGGCUGAUGUGAAUGCACAGGACGCAGAUGGGGCCACAGCGCUGAUGUGCGCCAGUGAGUACGGGCGCCUGGACACUGUCCGGUUGCUGCUGGCCCAGCCAGGGUGUGAUCCGGCCCUCCUGGACAAUGAGGGCACCAGUGCCCUGGCCAUUGCCUUGGAGGCUGAGCAGGAUGAGGUGGCUGCUCUGCUGCAUGCCCACCUGACCUCGGGCCAGCCAGAUCCCCUGUCACCUCUUGAGUCCACCCCUGAUGUGCCUGAUGAAGGAGAAUGCAGUGACCACAGAGAAGACCCCCAGCCUCAGUGACCAGCCUGGCACCUUGGAUCUGGAUUGGGAGAAGAGAGUUAGUUCCUUCCACCACCCCAGCCUCUGGGACACAGCAGGGGCCAGGGUUAGUCAUCCAGAUAACUAGCCUUGGGCCAAGAAAAAAGCUUGGAUGACAAGACCCACUUUCAGAAUAAAACAUUACUAACUCAA